ACUGUACACUGUAUAUUUAUACAGUACAAUGUUGCUGUUCCGAAUCUUUCGAUGUCCGUGGUUUUUUAUAAGUUUCCUUGUGCCGUGUUAUUGCAGCUUAAAACCGGGCUUCUCUAAACUUCAACGAGGACACAGACUGGACAGGAAACUGAUCCAGACAUUCACAGAAGUCAGUUUCCUUGACUGUGUGACGGAAUGUAUGGUGACACCUCGGUGUAAAUCUGUCAACUAUUACAAAGGAGCUAAUUUCUGUGAAAUCAAUUACGAAAAUAAGACGACAGCGGAGACAAGGUACGUGGACAAUGCUGGAUGGGUGUACAGUGAAAAGGAGCAUUGGCCAAAGGAACUGGCCGGAUCUUGUUCAAACUCAACCUGUGAAAUCAACCAGACAUGUAAACACAAGAGAUAUUCUGAGGAUAAAUUCUUUAAAUGUGUUUUGUCAGAUUGUGGAAUUCCCGAUAUAAAAGGAAUAAACUUGAGUUCAAUAAAGCGUGAGGACGCCAUUGGUCUACACAGGAGGAUACACGCCUCUUGUUUUGAAGGAUACAACCAGUCUGGUUCAGGACCUCUGAUAUGUCAAUCUAACGGAGAGUGGAAAUACGACAUUGUCUGUGAAGAUAUUAAUGAAUGUCUGGACGAUCCAUGUCACAACGGAGGAACAUGCAGUAACAACGAUGGAUCGUUUAAGUGUACAUGCGCAGGAGUAUUCACAGGGGCACUCUGUAAUGAAGUUCUGACGAACAUAGCAUUAGGUAAACCUGCGAAACAGUCAACAACGCAAAUUGAAUAUAACGCCGAAUAUGCAGUGGAUGGCAACCUAGGAACAGAUGUUGGAUUAGACAAGUGUGCACACACAGCUGAUCGCGACACCAAUCCCUGGUGGAGGGUGGACCUAGAGGCUGUGUAUUCCAUCACAUCUGUCAGAAUUCUUAACAGAGGAAUUGACAGUUACGGAACAGAUCUGUCACACCGUCUGAAGGAUGUUACCGUAACUGUAGGCAUGACAGAAUCAGAUGUUUACAGUUUCUGUGGUUUAUUUGACGGUCCCGGUACUGCGUCACAGCUGGUUGUCAUCGACUGUCCGACGUCGCCACAGGGGAGAUUCGUAAAGAUCUCUAAGAAAACAGAGUUUCUUGUUCUUUGUGAAGUUGACGUGUUUGGCAUCGCCCUCUAAUCAUUAAAAUAAUUAAUGACUUAGCGUAAAUGUUACCGUAAGUAGGUACUUCUAUUUACUUGCGCAUCCUCCAGAAUUUUAUUAUCUUUACCUUUUAAAUAUGACAUUUCCAAACGCUUAAGUUUCAGCUUUUUA